AUGACAAAGCCACUUCCACUAGGCAAAGACCCAUAUGCUCUAGCUCACCGAUACAGGGAAUAUAUGACAGAACAUCCCCGUCGCUUCCUAGAAUACUGCAAUCCAUACUACGAGAGGCUUCUUGCCAAUCAGCCGGAUCCUGCCACAGAUGCAACAGACGAUAAUUCGCGUGCUAUUCGGUAUGCCAAAGAGCACCACGAGUGUUUCUAUGAGAUUAGAGAUAUCCAGCGCAUCAUCACAUGGCUGCCGCCACUUGGAAAAGUGAACGAUGAGUAG